GCAUUAUCCUCAUUAAAUCUGGCUGUUGGAGGUGCUUCUAAUGGAAUUAAACUUGUUUUGUGUGCAUCACAUAAAAUAGUCUGUGCAUGUGCACAUACCCAUGCGCACACACAUGGGAGCUGUGAUUCUUGUGGGUAUUUUUUAAUAAGGAGAGGAAUAGAAUGCAAAACAAAAAUAUAUCAAAAGGAAAAAUAUUCCAGACCCCAAAUUGAAAACCAAGUGAAUGCUCAAAAACUCGAGAGUGAAAGACAAGGAGGAAGGCAGUCUAAACACAAGGAGUGGAGAGCCAGAGAGAGUUCUCCUAAUCAUAAAGCCAUGAGCUCCCUUCGGUGGGGGCUGGUGCUCAGUUGCCUGGCCUGUGGAAUCCUGCCUGGAGCCUGGGCGCAGUUCCCCAGGGUCUGCAUGACCGUGGACAGCCUGCUGUCCAAGGAGUGCUGCCCGCCGCUGGGAGCGGAGCCGGCCAAUGUCUGUGGCUCUCAGGAGGGCCGGGGCCAGUGUGCUGAGGUGCCCACUGACACCAGGCCCUGGAGUGGUCCCUACGUCUUGCGAAACCUGGAUGACCGAGAACGGUGGCCAAGGAAAUUCUUUGAUCGGACCUGCAGGUGCACAGGAAACUUUGCCGGCUACAACUGUGGAGUCUGCAAGUUUGGAUGGACCGGCCCUGACUGCAAUCGGAAGAAAGCACUGGUUGUUCGGCGGGAUAUCCACUCCUUGACCAGUCAGGAGACGGAGCAGUUCUUGGGCGCCUUAGACCUGGCGAAGGCCACCGUGCACCCCGAUUAUGUGAUCACCACGCAGCACUGGCUGGGCCUGCUCGGGCCCAAUGGGACGCAGCCGCAGAUCGCCAACUGCAGCAUCUAUGAUUUCUUUGUGUGGCUCCACUAUUAUUCUGUUCGAGACACAUUACUAGGACCAGGGCGCCCCUACAAGGCCAUUGAUUUCUCACAUCAAGGGCCUGCCUUCGUUACCUGGCACCGGUACCAUUUGCUGUGGCUGGAAAGAGAGCUCCAGCGUCUCACUGGCAACGAGUCCUUUGCUUUACCCUACUGGAACUUUGCCACUGGCAGGAAUGAGUGUGACGUGUGUACAGACCAGCUCUUUGGGGCAGCAAGACAAGAUGAUCCGACUCUGAUUAGUCAGAACUCAAGAUUCUCCAGCUGGGAAAUUGUCUGUGAUAGCUUAGAUGACUACAACCGCUGGGUUACACUGUGUAAUGGAACUUAUGAAGGUUUGCUGAGAAGAAAUCAAGUGGGAAGAAAUGGAGAGAAACUGCCAACUUUAAAAGACCUACGAGAUUGUCUGUCUCUUGAGAAGUUUGACAGCCCCCCUUUCUUCCAGAACUCCAGCUUCAGCUUCAGGAACGCCCUGGAGGGGUUUGAUAAAGCAGAUGGGUCCCUGGACUCUCGAGUGAUGAGCCUUCAUAACUUGGUGCAUUCCUUCCUGAACGGGACGAACGCUUUACCACAUUCGGCUGCCAAUGACCCCAUUUUUGUGGUCCUUCAUUCUUUCACUGAUGCCAUUUUUGAUGCGUGGAUGAAAAGAUUCAAUCCUCCUGUGGACGCCUGGCCUCAGGAGCUGGCACCCAUUGGUCACAAUAGGAUGUAUAACAUGGUUCCUUUCUUCCCUCCGGUGACUAAUGAGGAACUCUUUUUAACUGCAGACCAACUUGGCUACAGCUACGCCAUUGAUCUGCCAGUUGAAGAAAGUCCAGGCUGGACCACAGUUCUCUCGGUGGUUAUGGGAGUGCUGGUGACUGUGGUUGGUCUUUUUGUGCUGCUGGUUUUCCUUCAGUAUAGAAGACUUCGAAAAGGAUAUGCACCCCUCAUGGAGACCCAUUUAAGCGACAAGAGAUACACAGAGGAAGCCUAGGGUGCUCACAGCAGCGAAGCCAUAGUUCUGACCCUGAGGAUGCAAACUAACUCUCACGAACUGCCUUGAACUGAAGAUCUUUGGCAUAGUUCCUCCUGUUGUGGUGACGAUCCCAAAUACAGAAGAUGCUUCGCUGUGGUUUCUGGUUUGUGGGUUAGCAAACUCAAGCCGAAGUGCUUGAGGCUAUUCCCAGGAGCAUCAAGCAAAAGUAGAAUGGACAGUGUGUGUUACCUGACAGUGAUUCCCAUGUUGAUUAAGCCUUCUUGUAUUUUGAGAACACCAGAAAAAAAAGGUUGGUAGGUGGAUUCGUUUUAAUUUGCAGGUCAGUGUAAUUUGAGACCCGGCCAACAUCAUGGUGCAAUGUUUUUCAGUGCGAGUGUCCUCCUUUGUAAUGAGGUGAGGGUGAGGGGCGGCAGGUGCUGCAUGCGCCAGGAUCCCUUUCAGCUGUAAACAUCUAUGCUUCAGGGCCCUUUCUGAUUGUCUCCUGAGCCUUAUUUUUCUUCUUCUUCAGCCUUUAGAAUGGCCUUAAUAGGCCUAUUUUACCAAAUAGAAUGGACAGUAAAUGAGUAAAUGAAUGACCCAUUUGGUUCUCUUUUGUGAACUAGACUUUACAGAAUUUAUCAAAAGUCUGCAAUUCUUAACACUAGACCUGUCACAAGAUUUAAUAGCUGGAUAAACAUUGAUCUGAUAGAGAUAGAUAAAUAGAUGAGGGAUUAAUUUAUUGAGCUUUCUAGUUAAUUCAUAUACUAUUUAAAAAUCUAUUAACAAGCAUAAGAAUGACUCUUUACAGGAAAGGCUGGCUGGAGAAGGCUGGUGAGACUCUAAUCCUGAAUAUAAGACAAUUUGAUUAGUGCAUCACUGUUCUGAGGUCUCAUUUGGUGGAUCCUGAACUAAUCUGGUACCCGACCUGAUAACCUGAUUCCAGCAAGAUAGCCUUAAAUGAAAAAUUCAUCACGUGUAAUGCAUUUGACUUAUUUUUAAGAGCUGACUUUAGAUUCAUUAACAUGCAGUGUACUGGCAGUUACCUAUGAAUGCUAAUCAAUUAAGUCUUAUUUAAAAGCAAACCAUCCAUACAAAAUACAACAAUUCAGAAUUAAAUGGUUAUGUUCUGCUAAGCAAUCAUCAGAUCAUGAGAGAUAAGAAUGAGGCAAUCUUUGCUAAGAUGUUCAGCUUUACCGAGAUGAUCCCUACUUCUAAAAACCUAAUGGUUAUUGAGACUUCAAGGCGAAUUUUGUGUACUCAUGUCUGUACUGUGCAUCAGGAGUGAGGCCAGAGUGGUGGCCUGUCUGCUUAUUUCAGCCCCUCUCUACCUGAAUGGAUGUGUAUAAAGAAUGGAACUUUGGAGGACCCUGGAGCUCCAUAGAGGGGGCCUAGAGGGUGAGUCAUCAGUGACCAUGUUAUAUUCAGGAAUAAGGCAAUGAAAGCCAGAGAUAUAGACGGAGCCCUGUCUGAACUGAAUUUGUGUCUGUGUGGGUCUCAUAGAGCUACAGUAUAUCUGAGCUUAGGCUCAGUGAAUGAAAAUCAAGAUAGCCCAGAGUCCUUCGUGGAAUCAUGCCCUGCUUAGGCCUUUUUAGCUACAACCACAUGCAUAGAUCUCAAUUCCUGCCUUUAACAGUAUUCAUGGAAAAUUCAACAGUGUUUCAAUAACAUGCUCCUCUCUGGAAGGUUGAUGCUCUGAAUUCAGAGUUGUUGGGAACACAUUUUAACCCCCUCCUUUUUUAACUGAAAGAGAAAUAUAUUAAAAUGAAGAUACAAUUGUGCAUGGUAGGUAUGAUCCUGAAGAGUUACAUAUAAAUCAAUUUCAUGUUAAAAGCACCAGGGGAAAUCACUUUUUCUAGAUGAACUAUUACGAAUAGUCCUAUAAAGCAAAUAACCCCCUCAAGCUUAUCUUUCAGGUUUAUCAGAAUUUUCAAACAUCAUAUUCCAAUAAGAUUUAUUUAAAGGAUGAUGUAUCUGAGGUAGAAAUAAACAGUAAUCAUUUAUAAUUAGUUACUUUUAUCUACAGGGUGUACAACUUUUUAUAAAUAUUGUGUUUUAUGUUUUCCUAAAAGAAAUGAUUUCCUAACAUUAUAGUUCAUAGAGAGGGAUAAAAUUUUCUAACAUUUUCUGACAUUAUAAUAAAUCAAUGAUGAAUGCCUCUUAAAAAAUUUAAAAGUAGGACAAACCUGUAGAAUAAAAAGGUUGAUAUUUACGUACAUUGAAUAUCAUGCAAAUAAACUCAGAAAAUACCACUGAGCAUUGUAAGGCUGUACUUUCCAAUAAUAGGGAAAAAAAUUCAGCAUUGGAAUAAAUGAAUAAACUUUAUCCUUAUAUCCUCGGUGUCAGAAAAACUGUAUGUAUAUGAAUUAUGAUUUCAAAAGAAAUGUUUUAUAAAGCUCACAUUCAAAAGUGAAAUGAAAUCUAACAACAUCUUUCCUUUGUGAAUUAAAGUCUCUUUUAAUUCUAAGCUUCUUUGACAUUAGUUUGUGUCUUGUUUAAGAUUUAACAUUGUUAAUUAUACUAAUCCUAAUGAAUAAUUUUAAUCUCACAUUAACUAAAAGUAGAAAAUGUAUAAAGAAGAAAAUAAAAAUAAAUGUUUUGUAGAUUAUUGUUCAUCUGUUGAGGGCUAUUGUUUUUUAAUUUGUGAACAUCAAUUUGCAUCUUUUUGGUACUUAAUAUUCAUAUAUUGGGAUAUAUACUUGUACACUAAUAACUACUUCACUUUUGAAAAUAAGUUCUUGAAUAAACCAAUGUUUCUGCUUUCUUUUGAAUUUCUAAUUAAUUGCUACUUCCUGGCUUUCUAUGAUAUAUAGGUAGAAAAAUGAGACACCAACCUUUUCCCAGUGAAGAGUUACUUUUGAUGUCUGCACAGCCUAAAGACUUAUCUUGAGGUGCAGGGGAGGUAGCAUGGGUUUCUGCAGCAGCUAACCUUCUGGAAAGUCUUCCAGGUCAGUCAGCUUGUUGGGAACCCCAGAGGAAGACCCCAGAAAUUAGAGCUAAGUCCUGGUUACGUGUGUUUGCUUCCACAUCUAGACUUGAAGUUUCUGGAAGUCAGGUUAUGUAUCUUUCUGUGCAGCUCCAAUGCCAUUGUAUCAAAGCACAUUAAGAUCUCAGAAAAUGUGGGUGGUUAACUAAUAAUACAAGCACAUAAAAGCCAAUUCAUCCCCUAGUGGUAGAUAAUUACUCUCCCCAGUGCAACAGCAAAACCCAAUUUUGGAUUCUUCCUAUUUCUACAGGGUCU